AUGUCACUCUUUUCCGCCUUGACCGAUGGUAGCGUGUGGGCGCAGGGUUCAUCGCUCUUUAAUAUUUCAAGUCCACUAAAUGAUUUGUUGGAGAAGGAAGACUUUACUUUAGAACAAGUGCUUCAAGAAGAUGAAUUGGUUCAGGAAGUCAAGACACGUAAUACAAAGCUAUUGGAUUUUCUAUCACAGGAUGAAAUUGUACAAAAGCUGAUUGAAUAUGUUGUACGCACACCUGAGAAUAUGUCUGAUGAUUUACGUACUUUAAAGUAUCCAUACAUGUCCUGUGAAGUCAUUUGUUGUGAUAUUAGUACCAUCACGGAGACUUUAGUUACAGCAUCAGAUGGAAAGAUCAUUGAGACGUUAUUUGAAUUUUUGUAUCAAACGGAACCACUUGAUCCACGUUUAGCAGGGUAUUUUGAAAAGAUUGUUACCAUGUUAAUGGUACGCAAGCCUCAUGAAAUGACGACAUUGAUGAAUAAACACUCGGAGCAAUUAUUGAUGGGAUUUGCUCGUCAUACGGCUAGUUUCUCAAUUGCAGAGUUGCUUAAGCGUCUAUUACAACCAUAUCAAGCUGAUUAUAUGGACGAUUGUAUGGAUUUUCCAGGCAUGGCAAUGACAUUUCCACCAAGUAAUUCUUGGUAUGGAACGGAUGAAGAUGAUGGUAUGAGUGGAAGUGUUACUCCAACUGGAUCAAAAGAAAAGAUCUUGACAUGGCAAGUAGAACCAACAAUUGUCGAUUUAUUGUUAACGACUCUUGCAGAUGAAACAAGUGAUAGCGAUGCUCAUAAACACGCGGCUGAAGUGCUUGUGGAUAUUAUUCAUUGUGGUUCACGUGCUCACCAAUCGGAUCCAGUCUCUCCUGCGAGUUCAAAUGCUCCUGCCUCACUUGCAUUAUUAGAACAUUUGGAAACAAAGGAAGUAGCUGAGAAACUGAUUACACUUGCUGUACCAAAUGACGAAAAAGCAUCGUGUAUCUCGUCUAUGACUGCAGCAAUUUCUGUAUUAAGUGCUUUGUUAUUGCGUGCAACAAAUGCUCAAUAUUGUGCUACGGAUGAAAUGCCUCCAGUUGUUGCGUGUGUAGUAUCACGAGUGCCUCAGAUUUGUACCAUUUUAAAAACAAAUGCGGCUGAUGCAGGAACGGUUCGUAAUCAACGUCAUCAAGAAGUUCCACGAUUGGGAUUACGUCGUUUAAAAAUGGUUGGACUUAUUGUUUCGUUGAUGCAAUCCAAGUAUCAAACAGUAGACGUCGCAUUACUCGAAAAUGAUGUGAUUUCGAUUUGUUUGGACUUGUUUUUUCAAUUUGAGUCGGUAAAUAUGUUACAUGCAGAUGUUGAAAGUAUGGUGAUUGGAAUCUUGGAGAGUGGGAGUCAUGAUUUGCUCAUAGGUUUAGUAAAAGAUGCACGUUUACUCCCUCGUAUUAUUGAAGCGCAUGAAAAGAAUGAUGAAGCGACGGCAGUUGCAAAAGGCUUUUCAUUUGGUUACGUUGGUCAUCUUCAUCGUAUUUGUAACAUGUUGAUGACAAUGUUGGAAGAUGUUCGAGGUAGUACGAACGAAGAGGGAUCGUUGAAUGAUAUGCGGCAUGCAGAUACAGUACUUGAAUUGUUUGAAGAAGACGACGUUACGUGGAAAAAAUGGGAUGACUUGUCGAGUAAAGUUCUUGCUCCUUUAUACGAGCGAGAACGACUUCCACUUGGUGGUGUGACAAUUCCACAAACUAGUGAAGAUCCAUAUUUGGUCAUGGGAUUUAAUCAAAACGAUGAGCUGUUAAAUGCUCAAUUUGCUGAAAUGUUGGGUGCUUCAGGUUUUGAUGCUGACGUAAACGGGUUUAAUGGAGACUUUGACGGAAAAGACACGGAUACACCAAUGUUACCGGAGAUUAUGAAUGACAGCAGCAGUAGCGACGAAGAUGAAGAUGAAGUAUCAAGACAGGAGAGCACUGAUACAGGUACUGAUGAUGGUGCGGCAUCGGAUCGUUGGGCAAGUUUUGAAUCAGGUGGAAGUUGGGCCAAGUUUGAAACGACGUUUGAAGAAAUUCCAUUUGAACCGAUUCCAGGUAUGGAAAAGGAUGAUUUUGACGAUGAAGAAAUAGUGCCUGCGAUUGUUACGACAGCCGAUUUAGCCGUUAGUCGUGCAGCAAAAGCUGCUCAAGUUGGUAAAGCGACGGAACCUUUGGAAGUAACAACUGAGACGACGGAAGCUAAGACGAAUGCAGAGAUGAAAGUGGAGGACGAAACGAAAUGUGAGGUCUUGGACUCAACGACCAAUAGUGAUGAGACACUAGGGAUUGAGACGACGGUAGAUGAAAGUGGUAACGAAUCUGCUGCUUUGGAGACGCAGGUUGAAGCACAAUAG